UCAGUGCUGGAAGCUCUUCCUGUUUGCAGCAGCACGUGAGUUUGCAAAGGAGGGAGCUUUGCAGAUCGGAUCCUGCUGGGAAAGUUUGCCUUCCUGGUCCAGUUGAGGAUGCUUUAAUCCAGAGACCCCAGGAUUUCUUGUUUUGCACCUCACAAUGUUUGGCCCUUCCCGAGGCGGAGUGAGAGGAGGGCAGGACCAGUUCAACUGGGAAGAUGUGAAGACCGACAAGCAAAGGGAGAAUUACCUGGGAAAUUCCUUGAUGGCCCCAGUGGGACGGUGGCAGAAGGGGAAGGACCUGACGUGGUACGCCAAAGGGAAGAAGGGAAGCGGCCCCGUCUCCAGGGAGGACGAAUUGGCUGCUGUCCGUCGAGCCGAAGAGGAAGCCAUGCAGGCUGCCUUGGGUUAUAAGAAUGUGAAGAAGCAGCCGACGGGGCUGAGCAAAGAGGAUCUUGCUGAGGUCUGUAAGCGGGACACUGCGGAGCAAGACGAGAAGGGUGUGGAUCGCGUCUUGGGCUUGGGGAGUUCGAGGAGUGCUGGGGGCCGGAUGAUGUUUUCCAAAGAAGAAAAGGAAGCCGCCAAAUUGGGCCUGUCGGUUUUUACGCAUCACCGGGUGGCCAGCAGCCCAGAGGUUUCGACUACGAAGAGGAAACUGGACACAGAAGAAGAAGAAGAAGAAGUAGCAAAAGAGCCACGCCCGGAGGUCGGCAAGAAAUCCAAAAAGAAGGAGAAGAAGAAGAAAAAGAAGCACAAGAAGGAGAAGAAGAAGGAGAAACACCAUAAAAGGAGAGCUGCUUCGUCAUCUUCCUCCUGCUCGUCUCCAGAUGGCAAGGAAAGAAAGAAGCGUCCUUCGGAGCAGCACCGCCCAUCGUCCUCCCGGAAGAGCGGAGGCGGCUUCCCGGACAGACACCCCUCUCCUUCCCGGGAAGGAGAGAAAGAGAAAGAGGCCAGUGGGUGGCGCCACAAGACAGCAGCGUCCUCAGGCGGCACAGGGAAGGGGUCCUCGUCUCAUAGACACCACUCAAGGUCGCGUUCCCCGAAAGCAGAACGGAGGGACGGCCGGAGAGGCAGCCCCAGCAGAAGCCGGAGGAGGAGCCCUUCUUCGCCCAAAGCCAGGAAGAGGCACGAUACGGAUUCGGAUGACUGAACCCUCAACCGGAAUGGAUGCUGCAUCCUUAUAAAUGGAUCCUACGCCAGGCUUUGGACCCGGGUCACCUUCUUUCCCAGUGCAAAGUUCUGCCACUCCUUUCUCGUCGGCGCAAGAAAGCAGAAACUGACGUCAAAUAAACACCACCUUGGCUCAGGCAUCGCGGAGAAACUGCACUUGCGUGUGUUGCGAUGUUUCACAUUCUGUUGUGCAUCUAUUCAGAUUAUGAUGCAUCACUUGUUUUAUUUUUUUUAAUGGACGCAAUGUUGAUCUAUUUUUAUUUUAAUAUACAGAAUUUCGAAUAGGCCUGGGCCAACUUCGGCCCUCCCUCCAGGUGUUUUAGACUUCAACUCCCACAAUUCCUAUGCUAUGGAAUGCAGCUGCCAUGUCUCAAUGCCUGGGAGGUGUAGUUUUACAAAGUCCGCUGAAGGAUGCUGGUGCCGCACCAAACUACAACUCCCAGGAUUCUGUAGCAUUUAGACAUGAAAGUAAAAGUCUUGCUAAACUGCAUCAAUUUGACAGGCAUGGGCAAACUUGGCCCUCCCUCCAGGUGUUUUGGACUGCAACUCCCACAAUUCCUAACAGCCGGUAGGCUGUUA